AACCAACGUAAGCGAUUGUCCUGAGUUUAACUGUACAUACAUUUAGAUAUGAUGAGAGACGGAAGGAUUAUGUUGUUUCUCUUUAUUGUGGCGGUGCUAGUAUUUCAGGAGUCCAGUGGGCAGUUUCCACCUCAGAUACCUGGUAAAUGGCGGAACCCGAACAUACAGCGUUAUGUCGAACGCCUCUGUAGAUUCUUCCAGUGUCCUGGUGGUGAAGGCAUGUGUGACCUAAGACCUUACCCAUGCUUUGAUCCUCCAUGUGAUGCCGGGCCGACCUGUGUCCCUUAUCCCGGAAGUUCUAUGAAACCGGGCAGUUGCCCUUCUCCUUUUAACAUAUGGACACGACGGGUCAGGUGUUACACAGACAUAGCCUGUAAUAAUUUAGAGGUAUGUUGUCACGGAUUCUUCGGGAGCGAAUGUAGGGCACCACUCGAACUAACGAACUAAGAGUUGAAUGAUCAAUGUGUUGGAAAUUAAAGAAAACCUAAGCACACAGGAAAAUGUGAAUAUUGUUGAUGAGUUUGUGAUGUGUGCUAUUAUUCGAUAUUUAGGGCAA